AUGUUUGACAACGAAUUAUUUAUUAAUGAGGUAUCGAAUGAGGAAUCUAUAUGGAAUAUAGAAAAUAAGUUAUACCAUGAUAAGAAUGCCAAACAUGUAAGCUGGACCAAGGUGGCCAGAGCUUCUAUUGCAGAUUUCGACGAGCUUGAGGACAUUAUUAAAAGCAAAAAAAUAGCAGAAUUACAGAAAAAAUGGAAAUCUUUAAGGGAUAGUUACCGUCGUAAAUGCAUCACCAAAUCUGGGCAAGCAGCAACAAGAUCUAAGCCGUACAUAUAUGCCAAUGUACUAGAAUUUUUAAGACCAACCAUGCAAAAUCGAACGACUGAAAGUAAUAUACAGUCAAGCGAAGACGAGGUAUCUGUGGGUGAAAGUGGGGAGACUGAAGAUGUGGAUUUAGUUGUUGGGAACAAUAUUACUGCAGAAGAGAUCAUGGCCAAUUCCGAUGCAGAGGAGCCAUGUGCACGACCACCAAAUAAAAAAUUGAAAAAAAAUCCAAAGAAGACUGCGACAUCGAAUUUUGGAUCCGCUAACGCUAACCGACUAAUAACAGAUUUUAUUACCUGCAGGAUUAUACGGGUUAUGUGUAGGUUAAAUUUAAAUUUCAAAAAUUAUUAA